GCAACACACAUACAUGUCGCGGACGGCCAGGAGCAUCCUAGGUUUUUUUUGGUGCCGCAGUCUUCUUCGUCCUCAGGUAUAGUUUGCAGCAGAGUUACGUUCGUAGCACGAAUCCAUUCGCAGCAGGGAUCCGUCCACGCGGAAUAGCCAACUUUCGAAGCCAUGCGGAAAAGCCAUGCGGAAAAGCCAACUUUCGGUGAAAUGGAAGCCAACAACAUCGAAGUAGGACAACGCUCACGCAGGUCGUCGGUUCGACGACAACAUGUGGCAGGCUCUCACGUUCUAAGGGGACAUGGGUUUGAAAUAGUUGAUAUUCAUCACGAAGAGAUUGAGGCUCUUGCCCAAGCCUAUGGAAACAUGGAGAUGGAGGAGGGAUAUGAAGCAAUCUUAGUGGAAGCUGAGAAUUCAGGGGCAAGCGGUGCAAACUUGACUUUUAUUGGCACUAUCACAUCGGAGAAACCGGUACAUUUCUCUAUCUUUAGAGACAGUAUGGCGUCAGUUUGGAAACCCGUUAAGGGCCUUACUAUAACAGAUAUUGGAACUAGGCGCUAUAUGUUUUAUUUUUAUCAUGAAUGUGACAUGCUUAAAGUGACGCUUGAAGGACCAUGGUUAUUUGAUCAAAAUAUGAUUGUUCUAAAAAAACUCGAGGAAGAUCUACCAUUGACUGUGGCUUUGAAUAAGACCGACUUUUGGAUUCAGGUUUAUGCAAUCCCGACAAGUUAUUUCUCUCUAAAAAUGCUGAAAGAAUAGGUAAUUUCCCGGAAAGUUUGUGAUGAUGGACAAUCACAAUUUUAAUGAAAAAUGGAAUCCUCUUUUGCGCAUUCGGGCCACCAUUGAUAUAGGCAAGCCAUUGAAAAGAAAACUGUUUUUGCAAACGGAGGAGGGCAAUAGCUAUUGUGUUUCAUUCCGUUAUGAGAAAUUACCCAGCUUCUGUUUUCUGUGCGGAAUAAUCGGGCACGCGGAGCAGUUUGGAGGGGAGUGCUAAAUUGUUUGGUCCUUGGCUUAGAGCUACAAAGGGGCUGGUGAUAUUGACCCUGUUGCAGAAGCAGGGGUAAACAGAGUUGGACAACAUCAAGUGGAACAAAGGCCAUGAGUGACAAUACAGACCAAAAGCGUAGACACAUUGCAAGUGAAGGGGAGGAGACCAGGAUCCAAGAUAUGGAUGUGGAGCAGGGACAAUCAAAAAAUGGGGCGGAGGCCGGCUACAAGCCAACGGCCCGCCCAACACAGGAUUGAGAUAUUUGCAAGCUCACCAGGGAGAGGAUGACCCGAAGAUUCCCUAUUAUCGUUUAAUUUUUAAUUUUUUUCAGCUUUUAUUCCACUUCUCAUUACGUUGUCCUUUGUUUUGUUUGUCUGUUUGGUGUCAUGGAUAAUUUUAUUUUGUUGGUGUUUACUAGUAAGAGGGUAGAAAGUAAGCAGAUUUUGAUAGCCGAAGUUAGCUUUGAAUCUCUCGCAUGUUCAGCGAGUAGUAUUGCUCAUCAUCGGGCAGACUACUCUACACCAGAUCAGAGAUUGAGGGGGCCUUUUGGCUAUAGAUUGUCUGAGGAAAACAUUGGGGUUGUGGGAGGUUUAGAUGUUGGGCUGUUGGCUUUCGAUAUUCUAAUAUAAAUAGUUUCUAGUUAAAAAA